GGCUUUGCGCGGCGGCUGCCGCCCCACAAGGACCCAUCCACAAAGCUGCCUUAGGAAAGUGCCUGAUGCGGCACUUUUCUCGAUGCGUUCCUUGAGGGAUAAUUAAAAGCAAAACAAAGAAAACACCUUACAAAAAGAAACUGGUGCGUUUCAAAGCCAUACUGAGGCACGUGUAUGCGUGUGUGUUUUCCCGACACGGGCGUUUCUCCCCCGGCGUUUUGCUAAGACGGCCGCGGGAAGGCGGAGGACCCCACUCCCUCGCACGACGCACGCGAGCGCUUGGACCACGCCCCCUCGCCUCCCUCACGUGGGCCAGAGGCUUCGAGAAAGCACCCGCAGCGGCCGCGCGCAGCUCUCUCCGCUCCUCCUCAGGCCUCCGCCGCCGCCGCCGCCGCCACCAUGUUGACUGCCGCCCGCUUGCUGGUUCUGCGCCGCGGAGGGGCCGCCGCAGGGCCUGCUCAGGUGAGGCGCCCUGGGCGGAGAGGGAGAAGGCGCGACGGACGGACGAGCGAAGAGGGGGAGGGCAAGGGCGUCGGGAGCCCCCUCAGAAAAGAAGGGCCCCCUUCCGUGCCCUUCAGCCGGGUUGGGGGGUGGGGUUGGAGCUCGGAACCGCGCUGCCUCAAAACCCGCUAGUUCCCACGACCUUUCCGCGGCUCACGUGUGUCGCGCAGGACACGUGUGUCAAGGCAGACACGUGCUUCGUGAAAUCUGACCGGCUUUUUGCUGAUUUUUUUAAUUAUUAUUUUUUUGCUCGUGUGAGGGGGGGUGUAAAAAAAAUGAGGGUUUUUUUGCCGCUGGGUGUCAGAUCCUUGCCCGACUCGAGGGCCUGAGGGGUUCAAGCAUCCAGUGAGGAGCGCACGUGUGUUAAAGCGGGUGGGGUGGGGGGCGGGGAGGAUCUCCGUUAAAUAAUUUAUGUAACGCGCCGAAUAAUUUAUGUAACGAUUAUGCACUGUUUCUUUUUGGUUGGCCUAAUAAAAUGUAUUGCUGCAAGGCUGGAUUUUGGAACUUUUUUUUUUUUAAAAAAGGGAAUAGUACAGCUGCCCCCUUGCUUUCUGAGCUUUCUGCCCUUUAGUUCAGGGGUCAGCAAACUUGUUUUCCAGCAGGGGGCUGGUCCACUGUCCCUCAGACCUUGUGGAGGGCUGGACUAUAUUUUGGGGAAAAAAUAUGAACCAAUCCCUAUGCCCCACAAAUAACCCAGACAUGCAUUUGAAAUAAAAGCAUACAUUCUACUCGUGUAAAAACACCAGGCAGGCCUCACAAAUAACACAGAGAUGCAUUUUAAAUAAAAGGACAUGUUCUACUCAUGUAAAAACACGUUGAUUCCCAGACCGUCGACAGGCCUGAUUUAGAAGGCGAUUGGCCCAGAUCCGGCCCCCGGGCCUUAGUUUGCCUACCCAUGCUUUAGUUAGUAGGUGCAGUGAUUAUUUAGCACGGUAGAUAAGAAUCUGAAAGGGUAUGUUAAAAAUCAAGUUUUUUCAGAACGUGGGGAGCAGCAGAAUUCGCCUUGGUGGCUUAGAAUGAUUGGGACCUGCAUAUAUCAUGACUAAACUGGCUUCUGUUGAAGUAGUAAUUGGUAAGGUGAGAGAUGCUUGGGAACUGAAAAGCAGUAUGCUUGAGAUUACACCUUAGUAAGGAAUUGCCCCUGGAAAGCAAGCUUGCUCAGGUGUGUUUGAUAUAGCUCAUGAGGCUGAAUUUCUGUGUGGGCUUAUUUAGGAGUAAGUUCCAUCUAGCUCAGUGGGACUUCUUAGUUAACAUGCAUAGGAUCGGAAUGUAAACUGGAUGUAGCAGGUAGGGCAAUAAAAACUACAGAAAUCAGGAGGUUUUCCAAGUAGAAGCCAUCAUCAAUCUUUUAACUGGUACAGUCUUAUCAUAGGAAGACAUGUUUUUGAGUUUUAAGAGCAUUAACAGUGGUGGCAGAAGGUGGUUCAUUUUCAUUGACAUAUAGUAGCUGUUUAUGAAUAUAUCUCAUUAGCUUCAUUUGUUUUUUAGGUUUUCUGGAAUGGCGUAAGUCAAGACAUCCUCAGAUCUGUAACAAGCCGGCAAUAUGCGUAAGUAACAUAGCUGAACAAGCUAGCAUUAUUUGUCUUGUUGAAAUGGCAAUGUGAACUGAAAGUGCAAAAGCAAAUUUUUACUUCAGUAUUAAAAGGAGCAUCACAAAGAUGUCAAUUCGUUCCUCAGAUUGUAGGCAUUCAAAGCUUUUGCUUUUGGAAAAGCUAUAGUCCUAUCAAGAACCCAUGGGUGGUGUGAAGACCAAACAUUUCUUGAGAGCUCUUUCUCCAAAAGUAGAGGGAAGAAAGACAAUCACUAAAAAGAAAUGGCGGGUGACAGAACUGGAAAUUUCUGGUGAGACUGGCUCAUAAGUUGGGGGCACGUAUGCCAAACAAGUAUUAACCUUCGUACUGUUUUCUUUUUGGUAAAAAAAGGUAAUUGUUGGGAAAUGCAGUCUCGCUCUCAAGAAAAAAUAAAAAUCUGAGAAUUUCAGUUUGUGUAGAUAACCCGUUUUCUGAAAUCUGUUAAUACUGACAUGAAAAUUUAGCGGUUUGCUUGGGCAUGGAUUCUGGUUGGAGAAAAGACUUAAAUCCUAGUGUCUUCCAUAAUUCUUCUUUAAAUAUAUUACCAUCUACAAAACGCAGGAGGAUGGAUCCCAGCGCCAAGGGAUUUCAAGGGGGGAAUUACCAUAUUUUUCACUCUAUAGGAUGCACUUUUUCACCUCCAGAAAUGAAGGGGAAAUGUGUGUGCAUCCUAUGGAGCAAAUGGAGAGCGAGAGGGGUCGUGAGCACCGACCCCUCUCACUCUCCACGCUUCAGGGCAAGGCUCUCCCGGCUUCAGCGAAAGGAACCCAAAGCCUUUGGAGCGCAGCGCAAGGUCGCGCUGCGUUCCAAAGGCUUCAGGCGGCUAUCCCUGAAGCCUUUGGAGCGCAGCGGGAACUUGCGCUGCGCUCCAAAGGCUUCGCAACCUUGCCACCGCUCCCGGACCCGUUCUGUGGGCUGGGGUCGGGGGAAAUUCGGGCUUCCCCCGCCCCCAGCCCUGCAAACUCCGGGAGCAAAGGCGAGGUUGUGCUGUUAGGGUGCAGGGCACUGCUGUAAGCAACCUGGGUCAAUCCAGAAUUUUCUCUGGCUAGUGAUGAGGGAGGACAAGUGCCUUACCAGUUGUCUCUCAGCAUACUGCUGUGUGAAACAGCAGUAGUGGAAAGGGUCAUAGGAAGUCCCCAUUAUAAAGUUAUUCUGUUUUUCUGAGUAGUGAUGGCCAAAACCAUAACUUUGCCUUUGAAAAGCUGGAAUCAGUUAAAGUGUAGUUAAAUAUGUGUGCUUGUUAAAUAUGCUGAAGUGUGUGCUUGGCAUAGAUUAGGGACAAAAUAAAGUAUGGCCUUGAUCUUUUUGUUGUACUGCUUAUAAUGCAGUCACUAGUCUAACUAUGAUACAGCUGGAAGAACAGUAGUAGACUUGCUGCUUUUAUGGUACGAUGGAAGGUAGACAUUUUCUUGCUUAAAAUACAUUUAAAUUUAUCUUUUCAGAUCAGAAGCAAUCAAAGGUGCUGUCAUUGGCAUUGAUCUCGGCACGACCAACUCUUGUGUGGCAGUCAUGGAAGGGAAGCAAGCGAAAGUGAGUUCAAAAUAACUGCUUAUCCACUUCAUGGUUUAUUUUAAAAUGUACACCCCAAUUUUUGAGGAACCUCUUCCACAAAGGAAUUUAUAGUCUUAAAUAAAAACCAAUCCUUCCUGACGAUAAAAUAGAAAAACCCAGUUUCUGCUGCUUCAACUACAGUCACUGUUGCAUAUUCUUUUAUCUUGCAUAGGUGCUGGAAAACGCAGAAGGUGCCAGGACAACCCCUUCUGUUGUAGCCUUUACAAGCGAUGGGGAGAGAUUGGUUGGCAUGCCAGCUAAAAGACAGGCCGUCACGAAUCCCCCCAAUACAUUCUAUGCAACAAAACGACUAAUUGGGCGGCGAUACGAUGAUUCGGAAGUGCAGAAGGAUAUGUAAGGAAGUUAUCUUUUCUAUUAAUGCAAACCGUGCUGCAAACCUAAACAUAUUUGCACUUGUGGAGCUUUGUAAGCUCCAAAUGUAGUUGUGGAUGAUCGGAAUAAAACAAUUGAAAUAAAGUGGCCUUCACUGGCCAGUUUUCCUGACCAAGAUUGGACUUUGGACUAGAGGGUCUCUGUCAUAUAAUAGUCUAGAGAUGGUUUUAUAGAAAUGCAAUAUUCGUUCUUUUAAAGUUGUCCUUUUGCCUGCUUUGUUGCUUCAUUAAAGAACAAUGCCGGUGGAGUGAUGGUGAUGAUGCGUGAUUGAUUAGUUGACACAGGCUCUGUAACCUUUUAAAAAUACUUGUGCUUCCAGCAAAAACGUUCCUUUUAAAAUUGUCCGUGCUUCUAAUGGUGAUGCCUGGGUAGAAGCUCAUGGAAAGCUGUAUUCCCCAAGCCAGAUUGGUGCCUUCAUAUUGAUGAAGAUGAAGGAGACAGCAGGUUUGUACUGUAAAGCAUCUGAGCUGGGAGUGUGGGAAGUAGAGGGACCCAGCAUCCCCACACCAACGAGGUGCCCAUGACCCGUGGAUUAUCUACCAGAUUGUAGGGGGUUUCCCGGCUAAAUUUCCACAGUGCACACUGGUCCAGCACCAGCUCAUCUUGCCCUCUUAAUUUGAAGCAUUUUGCUUGAUUGACUUAAGCACUGUGAGCAGCAUGGAAGGAGCUCUCUCCCUUUGGUGGUAGAGAAUCCCGUCAAGACCCGGGUUCAAAUGAAUUAAUUUUAUUAAGGAUUAUAAAAGAAAGAGGAGAAAGGCAAUGGGGGGGAAAUAGUAUGCACUUCAUAAACCUGUAUUUUGCAGUCAUGCAUAGUCUUUCCCAGCCACUUUGUGUGGCUUACAGCAUACAGUGGUACCUCUGGUUACAGCUGCUUCAGGUUACAGACUGUUAACCCAGAAAUAGUACCUCAGGUUAAGAACUGUGCUUCAGGGUGAGAACAGAAAUCGCACGGCGGCAGGAGGCCCCAUUAGCUAAAGUGGUACCUCAGGUUAAGAACAGUUUCAGGUUAAGAACAGACCUGCAGAACAAAUUAAGUUCUUAACCCGAGGUACCACUGUAUAUAAAACAUAGUAAAACAUCAAGCAUCAAAUACAUCCAGAGUAGGAAAGGGAUAACACACAGGAAAAUAUUCCAUGUUUUAUCUCUACUUAACAGAGUUACUGUAGGUGAUUUGAUAGUGUGUCAGAUUGUAACCAAAGGGACCCGGAUUCAAAUUUAACCCAAAUAUUAGGAGCCCGGUCAGAAACUCUGUGUAACCUACCCUGAGGGUGGUUGUGAGGAGGAAAUGGGACUGUUUCUUGUAUGCCACCCUGAACUCAUUGGAGGAAGGUCAAAAUACAAAUAGUUUAAAAAGCAAACCCACUCCCAAACUUUCAUAGAGUCUAAAUCAUUUCAUUAGCUGGAAGCCAUCCAGAUUGGAACCUCUGCUUUGACAUGUCUGUAUAUGAACCAAUUUAAAAUGAUGCUUUUUACUUACUAGAAAAUUACCUGGGGCAUCCGGCAAAAAAUGCUGUCAUCACGGUCCCUGCUUAUUUCAAUGAUUCUCAGAGGCAGGUAAGGUUGCUGAAAUCUGAAUUUGCUUCAUCUGUGUGGCUGUUUCCAAUAUCUUGUCUUCUGCUGCAGUAGUAUACAUGAAUACUUUUCCAUAUAUAUUUCUCCAUGGAUAUGUUAAUGCCUGAAGUCCAAAAUGCAUGUGACUCCAUUAAGAACCUAGGAAGCUGUUUUAUAUUGAAUCAGACCCUUGGGCCAUCUAAUUAAGUAUUGUCUACACUGACUUGGCAGCAGCUUCCAGGAUUUCAGAAAAGGGGCAGUCUCAGUCCUACUAAGUGAAGCUUGGGGCUGGAUAUGGAAUCUGCAUGCAAAGGAGAUGCUCUAGCCACUGAAUUAUAGCACUUCCCCUUUAUAGUUGCUUUACAAGAAUUCUCUCAAAAGCUUUUUUUGCAGAGGAAACACUGGCCUUUUUUUGUAAUCAAGCAAUGCUUUAACACGCCAUUAUUUUCUUCCAAGGCUACUAAAGAUGCCGGGCAGAUUGCGGGAUUGAAUGUUUUGAGGGUGAUAAAUGAGCCAACAGCUGCAGCACUAGCUUAUGGCUUGGAUAAGUCUGAAGACAAAGUGUAAGUAUAUAAAACUUCUGAAAACUUGAACUUCAUCGCUUUCAUGUUUCUUAGGUCAGAUAAAUGAAUUGCCAGCUUCUGGGCGGCUUCCUCCAGUUUUUUGGCAAACAAUGGAACUGAAAGACUUUCAAGCAUACCUUCAUAUGUAGUCCUCUGUGCUCAGAUAGCAAAAUAUUAUAUUCCUGUAAGGAGAGAUGCAGGGCAACCUCUGAAAUUGGUGGCAUUCUCUCUUCCAUGCAACUACACAGAGUACAGUGACCUUCAUGCCAAGAAGGAAAUAAACGCAUUAAUUCCUGAUACCUGCCUUCAUAAGCAGCUGCUUCUGUUUCAACAAGUUGUUUGUCGGAUUAAAAUUAAAUAGUGUGGCAAAAAUUGGACAUCCUCUGAAAUCUUAAGAUUCCAAGUAAUUAAACGAAGCAACUUGCAACAAUCUCACUCCUUUAACAUGUUAGUCUUCGAUUAAAAAGAGGAAACUGGUGUUCCCCCACGACUGAAGGUGCUAAUCAAUUUGCCCCUCCCGCCCCCUUUAGUAUUGCAGUCUACGACUUGGGUGGUGGCACAUUUGAUAUUUCUGUCUUGGAAAUUCAGAAGGGAGUCUUUGAGGUCAAAUCCACCAAUGGUGACACUUUCUUGGGCGGUGAAGAUUUUGACCAGGCCUUGUUGCAGCAUAUUGUGAAAGACUUCAAGAGAGAGGUAAGUCGCUUGUAUUUCAUGGUCUGGAGAUGAAGGAACCACCAGAGAGCUUUUUCAAGUGUUCAUUUAACCUUAAAAAAGGGAGACCUGCAUGGAUCUGACUAACUUUAUUAGAAGAGCCACACUGGUUUCCAAGACAAUAAAGCUGUUCACUCUCUGCUCCUUUACCACUGGCCUUAUUGAAAUCCUCUUGUAGUUCGCUUUUAAACACGUCUUCACCUCUUGAACAUAAGCAGGGGGGAGGCAUGUGAUGUGUGUGUUUAGUGCAUUUUAACUCGGUGGCACCGUGGAGGGAUGCGGGUGGCUCUGUGGUUUAGGGCUUGCCACUCAGAAGGUUGGCGGUUCGAAUCCCCGUGACGGGGUGAGCUCCCGUUGCUCGGUCCCUGCUCCUGCCAACCUAGCAGUUCGAAAGCACGUCAGAGUGCAAGUAGAUAAAUAGGUACCACUCCAGCGGGAAGGUAAACUGCAUUUCCAUGCGCUGCUCUGGUUUGCCAGAAGUGGCUUAGUCAUGCUUGGCCAGUAAAGUGAGAUGAGCGCCGGAACCCCGAGUCGUCCACGACUGGACCUAACAGUCAGGGGUCCCUUUACCUUUACCUAACUCUCUGAAGGCCAGCACACAUUUUACAGUGGUGGGCAUGUUUGCUGCAUUUCCCUCACAAAAAGUAUGAAGCUGGGGGAGACAUGUAUCUGAAUACUUGCAGCAAGGGGGGCACAAGGUAUUUGUGUGCUGUAGUGCUGUGUUUGGCUAUUGCUCCCUGACACACGUUGCCUGCAUGGUCAUGAGCCAUGGAUCUCCAUGCCACAUGAUGGCAGCUAUACUUUCCAUCCUUGCACGGCUGUUUGAGGCUGGAAUGGAUGUAGAAGAAAAAGCCUCCCCCAGAGCACACAGUUUCAGUGCAGUGCCUUUCUUUACGGAUGCAACUAAAAUUUGGUUAACUGUCAGUCUCCUUUUGUUAGUCGUGUCAGAUAAAGUUUAGUGAACAGCCCAUCCAAAUUCAUUGAAGUAAAUUGAUGGUUCUAUGUAGAAAAGGCUUGGGUGCUCGCUGGAUGUUUUAAUGAGUGGAUUAUAUAAUGUUGACAUUAAUAGGCAAUUCAGCGCUGCCAGAUUUAGUUAGCAUCCAAUACCGUUUGGCAUGCAUUUUGUGGCAGUGGAAGGUUUACCUUUUCUCCCUUAAACGUAGCUCGGGCAGGACUGAUGCGUACUUGAGACGCAAAACAUAACUGGGACUGGAAAUGAUCGCUUGGCAACAGAGAGGGCAUUUGUGUACCAAGAUGUAGCUAGUCUAGUAUUAGUAGCUGGAGUUUAAAAAGCUGGAAUGAAGGAAAGCGAAUUCCCAGCCUUGCUGUUUAAAGAUCCAUUAACUCAAUGAAAAUUAGUAAAUUGGCUCAAGUCAGGUAAAUCUCUGGUGUGUUACAUCACAUAUACUGCAAAGCCUUUUAAGUUGUUGGUAGUACAGUUGUACCUUUUGUCUCCCGAAUGCCACAAACCUGGAAGUGAGUUUUCUGGUUUGUGAACGUUCUUAGGAACCCAAACAUCCCGACGGGGCUUCUGAUUGGCUGCAGGAGCUUUCUGCAGCCAAUCAGAAGCCGUGCUUUGGUUUCCGGACAUUUUGGAGGUUGAAUGAGCUUCUGGAACGUAUUCUGUUGGACAUUCAAGGUAUGACUGUACUGUACUGUGCUGUUUAUGUAGUAACAUGUGCCAUUAGUACUGUCAGUUCUAUAAAGCACAUGUGAUUUUGAAGAGCCACUUCAAAUAUUGAACAUGAAAGAGAAUGUGGGUUUUGUAAUGCUGUUCUAUCUCACAGUAUAAUACUAUGAACAUGUUGUUUGUCUUUUUCCAGACAGGUGUUGAUCUAACUAAAGAUAACAUGGCUCUACAGAGGGUGAGGGAAGCUGCAGAAAAAGCAAAGUGUGAACUCUCUUCCUCAGUCCAGGUGAGUAAAUGAAUUAUUUCACUCCAAGCAAAAGCACUACCAAGGGGUGGGGAGUAUUUCCCAGUAGCGGAAGUAUUGCAGUCCUGGAUAAAUGUGAUAAUACACUAAUGGAAGUGUUGCUUUGGGGGAAAUCCCUAGAGCCUAACCAGAUGCGUAAACUACUAAUCAUGUACAGUACAAUGACUGGAGAACCCCCAGAUGUUGGUGACUGAUGGGUUUGCCUUUUUCAGUGCUCCGAGGGAAUUAGUUAUUACUGAGAAAAAAUAAAUAGCUUUUCUUUCUGGCCAAAGUAAUACAUAAGUGCCAUAUCCUAUAACUGUAGCUCAUGUAGUGAGCUAUAGUUUGUUCUAGUGUUCUUAACUGUGUGACAAGUACAUUUUUUAUUCAAGCUUUGCAAUCAAGCAUUGCUUUUUGGCCAGAGAUCUUCUCUGUAACAACAAAGGAGGAUUUGUUUUAACCUAAACAAUUACUGUACAUUUUGAGUUGGUGUGUUAAAAAUUUGGUUUGAAAGAAGUCCUUUAUUCUUCAUCUGGAUGGAAUAAAUACGAACAACAAUUUGGUUACAGACUUGAGGAAAGAGUCAGAUCAGAAAGGGUGCUGUUUGUUUGUUUUUUAUUUAUCUCUGAUGGCUGAUCUUUCUUUGCAUUGCAGACAGACAUUAACUUGCCAUAUCUUACAAUGGAUGCUUCAGGACCAAAGCAUUUGAAUAUGAAGCUGACUCGUUCUCAGUUUGAGGGGAUUGUGGCCGAUCUGAUCAGAAGGACAAUAGCACCUUGCCAGAAAGCCAUGCAGGACGCUGAAGUCAGCAAGAGCGACAUUGGUGAAGUUAUAUUAGUUGGUGGCAUGACCAGGAUGCCUAAGGUAUAAUAGAUUUCCUGUGACUUAAUAUACUUGGGCCCCCAUAUCAUCAGUUGUGCCCUUUGGACCUUGCUUAACUCUUAAGACAGCAAGAGUGACUGGAGUGAGUAGCAACUCAGCAGAUGGUGUUGGCAUGAAAUUAACAUUACCUUUCUGCUGCCUGUGCCACUCGUGACUUUGCCUGUUAAAGUUUAACUGUGGCUAAAACCUUGGUAGCUUGAAUUUAAAGUCUGUUUUGCAGGGGGAAUUGCUUGUGUUUUUUGAGGUCUUUGCUUUUGGGCUUCCUUCCAAGCUCACCAGCGUAUCUCUCUUAAGUUAUAAAUGAGGCAACGUGUGCCCAGAGGCUUAUGCAUGAUGGCUGAAGGCUCUGAAAAGCCCUCACUGAGGCACUGAAGGGUCAGGAGAAGAACAGUGGUGUCAUUGCAUGGGAGGGGCCUCCUUUCAAGCCUCUGUCCUCCUGUUUUCAGAUUAUUCUGUUGUUUUGCUGCUGUGCCUUUUGUUUGUGGACAAAUGUCAUAUACCGUAUUUUUCGCUCCAUAGGGUACAACGGACCAUAGGGCGCACCUCGUUUUGAGGGGGGGGGGGAUAAAGGAGAGGCCUCUGGGAGAGGCUGCGCGUGGCUUUGGCAGAAGCCAAGACAGCGAGCAGGAUGGAUCCUGCUCGCUGUCUUGGCUUCGUUUUUAGCUGCGGGGCUGGGGCGGGGGAAGCCCGAGCUUCCCCCGACCCCAGCCCUCAGAACGGGAGCGGAAACUCCCGCCGGGCUCCGAAGGCUUGCGGAUAGCUGCCUGAAGCCCGGGGUGCGCAGCGGGAGUUGGCGCUGCGCUCCCCGGGCUUCAGGCUGCUAUCCACAAGCCUUCGAAGGCUAUCCGAAGGCGUGCGGAUAGCUGCCUGAAGGCUGGAGAGCGAGAGGGGUCAGUGCGCACCGACCCCUCUCGCUCUCCAGGCUUCAGCGAAAGCCUGCAUUCGCUCCAUAGGACGCACACACAUUUCCCCUUCAUUUUUGGAGGGGGGGAAAUGCGUCCUAUAGAGUGAAAAAUACGGUAUCUGUCGUGUGAAGGCACAGCACUUGGCCCUAUCCAAGUCUUGUGUUCUGUCCUAUGUUAAUCACAUAGAGGGUGGAUGAACGCACUCAGCCCGCAUCUCCUAUCAUAUUCCCAGUUCAUCCUUCACAUGUUGGAGGGUGACUGUGUGCAGUGGGGAGCCUGUUCUGUUCUUGUAGGCUGCCUUCUAGAGAUGAUAGCCCUCCAACUUACGGAGGAUGGCCGGGAGGCUGGGGCAAGUCCAUCGUCUGGAGGAUGGGAGGGGAUAACUGAAUAGGGCUGAUCGUUAUAUAAGAGAAUGCUGUGGGUCCAAAAGGCAAGCAUUUUAUAAUUUUAUUUCUCUUGGCAUAUGAGAAGGCUGUAUUUGUCUCCUGUAAGAUAAUGGUGGUGGUUUUCUGCAGAUCUGUGCAGUGAUGUACAGUGGUACCUCGGGUUACAUACGCAUCAGGUUACAGACUCCACUAACCCAGAAAUAAUGCUUCAGGUUAAGAACUUUGCUUCAGGAUGAGAACAGAAAUCGUGCUCCUUGGCGGAGCAGCGGUAGGAGGCCCCCUUAGCUAAAGUGGUGCUUCAGGGUAAGAACAGUUUCAGGUUAAGAACGGACCUGUGGAACGAAUUAAGUACUUAACCCGAGGUACCACUGUAUAUAAAUCUCAAAGCUUCGGUUCUUUAUUCAGACUGGGCUGCAUGUUGUUACUAGAAUUAGAGGGAAACUGAGAAUGUGUCUACUGUAGAGGAACCUGCAGAUUCAGUGGGAUUUUUUGCCAUUUCUAAACCCCUGCCCCCCCCCCAAAGAAAACCUAACAGGCAUGCAUGUCUUAUGUAUCCAUUCAGGUACAGCAGACUGUCCAGGACUUGUUUGGCCGCGCUCCUAGCAAAGCAGUUAAUCCCGAUGAAGCUGUUGCUAUUGGUGCUGCCAUCCAGGGAGGCGUACUGGCUGGUGAUGUCACUGAUGUGCUGCUGCUGGAUGUGACUCCUCUUUCCCUUGGUAUUGAGACGCUAGGGGGAGUUUUCACUAAGCUCAUCAACAGGAACACGACUAUUCCAACCAAGAAGAGCCAGGUAGGAGAGUGUGCAUGUGCAUGGGAGACCGUGUUCUGCGUAUUGCUUUAUGUGAAAUGGUACUGUGUGUUCUUCGUACCCUUCUAUGGUUUAUGCUAUGUCCCUGCCGCUAAAGCAUUCCUUCCUAUUCCUCUUGUUCUGUUGCGAGGUCAUCAUUCUCUUGCUGUUUGUGCUCAAAGGUUUAGACGGUAUAGAAAAAGACUGGAGAUUUUCGUAAUUUGCAGGCCGCGCAGGACUAAGCUGUUCAUCCACUAUGGCAAUGGCUAUGAUUUUUAAGGAUGUAACUGUUGUAUGCUGCCCAGUUAUGUAAGAACCAUAGAAUUGUAGAGUUGGUAGGGACCAUCUAGUCCAACCCCCUGAAAUGCAAGAUCCUUUUGCCCAAUAUGGGGCUCAAACCCACAACCCUGAGAUUGUCUCCUGCUCUACCAACUGAGCUGUGCCAGAGAACCUAACAAUCGCUAUGGAGACAGGUUGCUGGGAAGGGUGGGGGGAGUAGGAGAUCCAUUGGGAGCACCGCUUUGUCUUACAACUCUAAGGCAUAAGAUACUUUCUCCCAGAACUUCAGUCAUUUGCUAGUACAUAUUAUGCUUUCCAGUAGCUAAUAAGUUAGAGGCUGUGAUAGUUGUAGUACUGCUUGGAAGAAAUUACAUUGUCUCUUAUUGGUUUGGCUACCUUCUAUUCUUUUGGCUUUCCCUUCAGCUGCUACUUUUAGUUACACAACACGGCUGUGUAACCCUGCUGAUACCAAAUGUGUUUCAUUUUGACAGGUGUUCUCUACAGCUGCUGACGGACAGACUCAGGUGGAGAUCAAAGUGCAUCAGGGUGAGAGAGAAAUGGCUGGUGACAAUAAGCUGCUUGGCCAAUUUACUUUGGUAAGUUUGUUUUCAUCUGCCGUUAUGGUAUGAAAAUUAUAGGAAGUAGUUUCAUUCUGCCCACUAGGGUCGAAAGACAUUGUUGCAUAGGAACAAACCUUUUCUGCGGCAAAAAAAAACCCCCAGAACAUGUAGAAGAGUUCAUUAUUUUUUCCUUUUAACAAUACUUGGAAAAAAUGAAUGGCAUUAAUUUUGCCAUUGUCACGUGCAGAUUUUCUGUACAGGACUUGCUGUACUAAGUCAUAGCCAGGGUAGACCCACUGAAAGUGUGUUUGAAAUAAGAGUUUGAUUGACGUUGGGUAGUUCUCUAAAUUUCUAUGAAUGGGUGUAAGUGUGUAGUCAUAGCAUAGAAAAGUGGCAUAAGAACACAGGGAACUGUGUUUGCUCAUCCAGCUAAGUACUAUUUAUACUGGCUGCAACUCUUAGACGUCUUUCCACUGCGUACAGAUGCCAGAAAUUGAACCUUGAACCUUUUGCAUGCAAAGCAUGUGCUCAUUGAGUGAAAAUCCUCCUUCAAAUAAGCAUUAACCUGCAAGUGGGUUUUCAGCAAAACCAGAUGCCUUCAUCUACCCCACCUGCAAUAAAAUAUGUUUUUCCCGUACUAGUCUCUACAGACACAGCAGGCGCUGUAACGCACCAGCAUUUUGACUUUACUACCAAAGGUGCACUCUUGCGUUGUCUUCCAAGGCAGAUGGAUGCCAACUACAAGGAGUUGUGGAAAUCAUCAUCUUGUUAUUUAUAUGCCAUCUCUCCAACUGGGUUGUCCCAGCCACUCUGGGCAGCUCCCAACAAAAUAUUAAAAACACAAUAAAACAUUAAAAACUUCCCUGAACAGGGCUGCCUUCAGAUAUCUUCUAAAAGUCAAAUAGUUGUUCAUCCGUUUGACAUCUGAUCAGGGAUCAAUAUUAGAUUGUACAGUACUACUUCAGUGUUAGAUUGCUUCACUGAGUAGCAAGUAGAAUCAGCAAUUGAUCUCAAAUGCUUACUAUUUAUUGCAUAAUUAAUAAGGAGGCGCAAAGCUUAUUAGUUAUUGUUCCCUCUUGGUUAUCAACAAUGUACCUUGUGAUUUUAGGUUGGGAUUCCGCCAGCUCCACGGGGAGUCCCCCAGAUAGAGGUCACUUUUGACAUUGAUGCCAAUGGAAUUGUUCAUGUUUCUGCAAAAGAUAAAGGCACAGGACGGGAGCAACAGAGUAAGUGUGCUAGAUAGUUGCUUCUUUGGAGGGGAGAGGGAAUGUGAACAGAUGAAAUUGUUAUGGCAGUCAGGCACAGUAAAGGACUAUCGUGAUAUCAUGGGAAGGAAGGAAAAAGAGAAGAAAGGAGACACUAGUGUGCAACUUCUGUCAAGCUAUAAAACGUGGCCAUUGUUUAGUUUGCAGUUCCCACCUGAGCUUAAUUUCUUUUCUGGAAGCUUUUGAUAAGAUCUCUGAGCUUUGCUCAUGGCCAGAACCAAUCAAGUGUGUGCAGUGAUGCUAUUAUCAACACAUCAUUCUGAAAACCCGUGUGGAAGAUUUCUAACUGAGCACAACACAACUGAGAAGCUUGUUUCUCCUGGCUUUGAGAUCUGUUACAUAAGCACUCUUGUUCUUAGAAAUGACAGUACUACAUCAGAUAGUAGAAAAUGUCAAAUAAUAUAGAAGGCCUAUAGCUCUUUAAAAAGCAAGAGAACAAACUAAUUGAAGAUAGGGAUUGCAGAAAGUCAGUUUUGGCAAUUUUUAUACAAAUGUGGGGUGUAAAUGCUAGACGUCAUAAUGUUACAGUGAGGGUCAGGCAGAUAUAAUUGUUGUGGUCUACGGGAUUGGUCUUGUAUGCCUACUAGGCAUGUGUUGCUUUGGUUUCAGAUAGCAUUCUGUAAACAAAAUACCGUUUCAUAUUUCUGUAGUUGUGAUCCAGUCUUCUGGUGGUCUUAGCAAAGAUGAUAUUGAGAAUAUGGUGAAGAAUGCAGAAAAAUAUGCAGAAGAAGACAGGCGAAGAAAGGUAAGUUUGCAGUGAUGACUUUAGACUGAAAUAUUGAUUCCCAAUGCAGUUAUGUCUUUGGAGAACUUUGGAGCAGAUGUCUAGGUCCUCAAACUAAAAUAGAUGCUACACUCACUUUUCAAAAUCCUUGAGUUGAUAGAAUUGGAGCAUUUUUGCUUACAGAACAAUGAAUGAAUGCGUAUCCGAAGAGUUACAUUUGGGUGAAAUAUAUUUAGAUGCCUAAUUCUGUGUCAGCUUCAUGAUCCUCAUUGAUAUGUGAGUGUUAGGGGCACAAAUGGGGUAUUUCACCAAAGUUGUUGUUUUAUUCAGGAACGUGUUGAAGCUGUAAACAUGGCAGAAGGAAUAAUCCAUGAUACAGAAUCCAAAAUGGAAGAGUUCAAAGAUCAGCUACCUGCUGAUGAGGUAGGUGUUCUGCCUUGCGGUAAACGAAUUGUUUUCUUUUGUCUCAGUCUAAAAUUAAUUGUGUAUGGAUUUGACACGCUGCCUGGGCAUGUACUGAAUUUGCUUCCUCUUUUUGUCAGAAUGUGCAAAACUAAUGCUCUCUAAAUUGUAUAAUCCUUCAUACAGCAAUUUCCUGGCUGUGCUAAUUUAUCACCGGAGAAACUAAGCAGCCUACGAUAAUGAGAAAAGGCUUUUAAAACAAUUCAUGAUCUUUAAUUUUAAUUCCAGAAAGCUUUUGGCAGAGAUAAUAAAUGCAGACUUCUCCCAAGAAAUUAAAAAGAGAAAAUCUUGUAAGCUUUUGUUAUAUUGGGGUAGUAUCCCCUGUGUGAGAAAGGUUGCUGGAAAAGCCAUGAAGGGGCCAAGUCAACUUGGGGGAAGGGAACUCUUAUGAGAAUCAAAUGCUGUUCUGUUCUCUUAAUAACUAGUGAUGAUGCUAAAUUUAUGAUCAAUCCAUUAGAGUAACAAAAUUUGAUUUUGUGUGGUUGGUCUUGUGCAAAGCAAACAUUACAGUCCCUGGUUGCUUCUCCCACCUACUGAUUUUUCUGCUGCUUUGCCAGUGAAGGUGAGGCAGCUAUGCAGCGAUGUUCAUGGUUUACGCUGUAAUCAUUCAUGACAACAUUUCAGGAUGUCGGGAGCAAAUUAGCAAUAAAUCACAUGGCGUCCAUGAACUUAACUCUUUAUUCAGGGAAACUAGGUCGACUCAGGAGCCAGGUAUAGUGAGCAUAGCAACUUGUCCUGAUAGAUCUUGCCCCAAUGAGGCGGUUGUGAGGACUUAAGGUUCCCCACCUUUCCCAAAGCUGCUGUCUCUCCCAAGUCCUUCCCAAGCAAUCUGAGACUAUGCCAAUGUGCCUGUCUCUGCCCUGCCCUCUUCAUUCUUCUUCUGGUUCUAGGAGACCAGUGGGGAGGGAAGCUGAUCACAACAGCAGCAUCUACACCAGGCUUCCUCAACCUUGGCCCUCCAAAUGUUUUGAGACUACAAUUCCCAUCAUCCCUGACCACUGGUCCUACUAGCUAGGGAUCAUGGGAGUUGUAGGCCAAAAACAUCUGGAUGGCAGAGGUUGAGGAAGCCUGAUCUACACGUUUUCAUUAUUUUUGUGAAUUUCAGUACAUUUUACCUUUUCGCCUUGCCUGCAAGCCAUGAACUCAAUGGAAUAAACUGAUUUUUAAAUAUAAUAUAGAGCUGACCUUGAUGCUUGUGGCAGUCUAUGCAUGUCUGAGAGCUCGUGUAGUGGUUAGAGUGUUGGGCUAGGACCGGGGAGACCACGGUUCAAAUCCCUACUUGGCCAUGAAGCUCACUGGGUGAUCCUGGACCACCAGUCAGUGUCUCUUAGCCUAACCUACCUCACAGGGUCGUUGUGAGGACCAGUGGGGGAGAACCAUGUAUGUGACCUUGAGCUCCUUGUAGAAAAGGUAGGAUAGAAAUCAAAUAAAUAGACUUUAAACUGCAGUCACCUGCAGCAAGACCUAGGAGAACAAAAACUUAUUAGGCAAGUGAUUUAUUUUUAUUUUUUAACUAACGGGGGUAAAGGCAGGCAGAUUGUUUUCCAUGGCUUCCCCCUUGCUGAAGGUAUCGAUAAAAUACCUUCCACCCUGGCAGCUGAUGGCACCUUCCAAUUACUGUAGACUAUGUGGCUUUAUUGAGGUCAAGAUCCGCUUUGAUAAAUGCCGAAAGGGUUACGGACAUGUGUUUCCCUGCAAUUGCUUUACAGUGCAACAAACUGAGAGAAGAAAUUGCAAAAAUGCGAGAACUGCUAGCUCGUAAAGACAGCGAAACCGGCGAGAACAUCAGGCAGGCAGCAUCCACCUUACAGCAGGCAUCCCUCAAACUCUUUGAAAUGGCCUAUAAAAAGGUAGGAGGGCCGUGUGCUGGAGUGUAUGGGGGGAGGGAGGCUCAGUUAAUUUCAUUGUACACAAGUUGUACAUUGACAAUAAAUAUUUUAUUUUAUUUUUUUGUUUGUUUGUUUGUUUGGGCGGGCAAGGGCAGAUGGUUUGGAAUUUCCAGUGUGUGUGUGCUUUGGUCUUAGCAAGUAAAAAACCAUCUGGGUAAGCUGGACACUGCCAGUACUAGCCGAUCAUAGCUGACCUUAGGAAUGAGAGGUGAUCGGAAGGAAAAAAAAUGUACUACAAGUUUUGAAUGCUUGCGUCUUGAGAUCUGGUGAUUAAGGGAGAAGAUUGCAGGCUCCUCAGCUCAGUUGAUCGGAGUAGCAGAUAGAGAUGUCAAAUUUCCAUAAUUUAUUUGAGCACUUGGCGAAAGUAAAGAAUUAAUUUUUUUGGUCCAGUCAACACUCUCUUGUGGCUCAGCUUUCUAGCAAGAAGUAAGUAAGAGGGAGCCCUGUUCUUACAUCCUCCUGUUAGUCAGUGCCCUGCUGAGCUAACACUUUUUUUACCCCCUCUUCAGAUGGCAUCUGAGCGGGAGAGUUCUGAGAGUUCAGGAAGCUCUUCAAGCUCUGGGGAUCAGAAGGAAGAAAAGCAAUAAUUCCCCUGUCUCGCAUGGACUGGAGCAGGAAGAGGACAAUGUUCCGAAGCUUGGGAGCCAAUGGACCUUCCUGAGCAGCUGUGGGCAGAUUUAUGUCUUACUGUGUUUUUGCAGUAUACUAUACAUAAUUUCCUGAAUGUAUAAAUUUAGUGAUGGCGUCCUACUAGUGAAAUUAUCACCUGAUCAAAAAUUUAUUUCGGAACAGCUCCUCGGGGUCAGUGACAUUUUCAAGUGCAUCCUGGGGAUUCAUGGAGCUCUUAUUGAAUGGGGGGAGUAAGCACAGCAGUGAUUUCUAAAGGUUUAGAAACCAUGUCUCGCAGCUUGAGGGUGGCACGAUGAAGCCCAUGGGGUGCCUGAACUGUAUAUUCCACCCUUAAUUAUGGAUCCUCCUUUUGGGAACAGAUUUCUGCUUUAAUGAAGGGAUUUCAAUAGGGCCUGGGUUGGGCAGAGGCAGGGCUUGCCUACUGUGGCAGAGAAAACACAGAACUGCACCUUAGCGUAGUAUCUUUAUCUGAAAGGAAAUGGGUUGUUUUUAAUGUAGCUGUUACUAUAUGAAUAAGGCUACUCUGAAGUUCCAUGCACUGCUUGUCUAGGCUUUCUGCUCUGCCCAGUGUCUCUUCUUGCAGAAAAACAGCUUCCCUAUUAAUAAAAAUGUUCUUAUUUGAUCAAUCCUGUGUGUUUUUAAAAAUCGCAGCUGUCUUCUGUUUCAAACACCCCCCAGCCUGGUAUUGCUCACUGCUACUACAGAUAUACCGGGACGCGGGUGGCGCUGUGGAUAAAACCUCAGUGCCUAGGACUUGCUGAUCGUAAGGUCGGCGGUUCGAAUCCCCAUGGCGGGGUGAGCUCCUGUCUUUCGGUCCCAGCUCCUAUCAACCUAGCAGUUCGAAAGCACGUCAAAGUGCAAGUAGAUAAAUAGGGACCGCUUUAUAGCGGGAAGGUAAACGGUGUUUCUGUCUGCGGUGCUGGUGCUGGCUCGCCAGAUGCAGCUUCGUCGCGCUGGCCAUGUGACCCGGAAGUGUCUUCGGACAGCGUCAGCUCCCGGCCUCUUGCGCGAGAUGAGCGCGCAACCCUAGAGUCGGUCACGACUGGCCCUGUCGGGCAGGGGUACCUUUACCUUUUUACUACAGAUAUAAGAUGUCAGAUGUACUAGAGAUUUUAAACAGGUGUUUUGAAACAUCCCUUCACAGGAGUAAAGCUCACAAGUGUACCUUUUUUCUUCCCUCUUCAGUGCAUCACUUAAUACAGGUUUGCUCCUGAGUAAUCCAGAAGCCAUUCUCCAGUAUUAGUGUACACUGGCAUUUCAUAGAAUUGAGUGUGCUUUGGGCAUCUGACCCUACAUACAAUUCCAAGUAAUGUAUUCAGUGGGUCAAAUAAAACAAUAAUGAUUAAAGGUUUGUUAAAGUAU